AUGGGCAAACAGACAAAAGCCACAAAGAAGUUCGAGAAGAACCGCCUCAAAGACACGAUCGAACGACGCAAAGACUUUGCCAAAGUCAAACAGCGACACCAGCAGAAAGCGAAGAAGAAACAAAGAGCGGCGCUGAGGUCAAAGGAGGAAGACGAUGCUGCGGAGUCAGAUGCUGAGGCUGGUGACAAUGGAGCCGAGGCUAUGAAUGAGGACGAGUUCUUUCAGGACGCUGUGGAUAUACCAGAGCAUGAGAAUCAGACGGUGAAGAACAAGACGGCAAAGCGGAAAAGAGAUGCAAAUACCAGUGACGACCUCAAGGAUGCUGAGAUCGAUGGCUCAGAUGAUGAAAUUGAAGGCCAUAAAAGUCAAUUGGCUGCAUUGGCCGAGAAAGACCCUGAAUUCUAUAAAUACCUUCAGGAGAACGAUGCCGACUUGCUCGAAUUCGACGAAGACGACGAUCUUGCAGCAGUUGACGACCUGAGUGAAGAGGAGCCUCCUACAAAGAAGCAGAAGACGAAGGGUGCGCAUAAAGAGGACCUUGAGACGUCGGACGAUGUUACUCUGGCAAUGGUAAAGAAGUGGAAGGCAUCCUUGGCUGAACAAUUCUCGAUAAGAGCUCUCAGACAAGUUGUGCUGGCUUUCCGUGCGGCGGCACAUGCGGACAACGAAGAGGAUAAGGUCUUCAAGUAUAAUAUUGCAAGUCCAGAGGUUUACCACGAGGUUCUCAUAACGGCACUCCAGCAGGUCCCUCUGGUGCUGUCACAUCAUCUCCCAGUCAAGGAGUCCGGCAGUGGCAAGCUUCGCAUACCGACUGAUUCACCCAAGUUCAAGACUCUCGCACCGUUGAUCAAAUCACACGCUUCAUCUCUGCAUUACUUGCUCAAGAACUUGUCAGAUGCGAAGACCCUGAGGCUGUCGCUCGAGUCUUUCGAGCCGCUGCUCCCGUACCUACUUCAAUUUCGCAAAUUUCUGAAGGUCAUUACGAAAGCUGUCGCAUCCAUUUGGUCCGACAAUUCUUCUGACGAAGCCACAAGAAUCACCGCUUUCCUGGUCAUUCGUCGCCUGAUGGUGAUUGGUGACGCUGGAAUCCGCGAAGCUGUCUUGAAGGCGACGUAUGAGGGCGUUGUCAAGGGCAGCCGGAACACAACAAUUCAUACGCUUGCAGGAAUCAACUUGAUGAAAAACUCAGCAGCGGAGCUUUGGGGCAUUGACCAGAAGGUCAGCUACACAACAGGCUUCACGUUUAUCCGCCAACUUGCCAUUCACCUCCGUGGCAACAUUACCAAACCGACCAAGGAUUCAUACAAGACAAUAUACAAUUGGCAGUUUGUUCACUCUCUUGACUUCUGGUCUCGCGUGUUGUCCAGUCACUGCAAUUCACUCCUGGAAGCUCAGAAUGGCAAACCCUCACAGCUGCGCCCGCUCAUCUACCCGGUCGUGCAGGUCACACUCGGCGCACUGAGGUUGAUACCGACAUCCACAUACUUUCCCCUUCGAUUUCAACUGAUGCGGUCACUGCUACGCAUCUCUCAAGCUACAGAGACAUACAUACCUUUGUCGGCGGCUCUGUUGGAGGUGCUAAACUCGGCAGAGAUGAAGAAACCUGCGAAGGCCUCAACAAUGCGUCCGUUGGAUUUCGCCUCGAACAUCAGAGCCCCAACAUCAUAUCUGAAAACGAAAGUGUACCAAGAUGGUGUCGGCGAACAGACAGUAGAAUUGCUCUCCGAGUUCUUUGCGCUGUGGACCAAGAGCAUUGCCUAUCCUGAGCUACAACUGCCGGUUAUCAUCAUGCUGAAGCGGUGGUUGAAGACAGCUUCCAAGACGAAUGGAAACAAGAAUGGCAAGCUCAAUCAAGCUCUUCUUGUGCUGGUACAAAAGUCGGAAGCCAACGCUAAGUGGAUCGAGGAAAGGAGGAUCAAUGUCAACUUUUCACCAAAGGAUCGGACGGAGGUGGAAGCAUUCCUGAAAGACGUGCAAUGGCAAGACACUCCCCUCGGAGCGUUUGUUGUCUCACAGAGAAAGUUGCGGGAAGAAAGGAGAAAGGUGCUGGAACAAGGGAGAAAGGAGCAAGAACGACGAAAGGCCGCCGAAGAAGAUGCUGAUAGUGAUAUUGAGAUUGCAUAA